AAAGUCAUCACAAUGAUUUGACUUUGAUAUUGAAGCUACGUUUUGAUUGUCUUUGUUUUUUGGAUAUUUAAUUUAAUCAAUUGUUUUCUUUUUUAUUGUUUAUAGCAAAUUAUGUUUCGAACCCUUAUCAUUUCGAGAGCUAAUCCGCUCAAUGUCAAUAAACUAGCGAACAUCAUUAAAAAAGAUUUGGAAUCUGUGGGCAAGUUCAAGGUAACCUCUCGAAAUACUCGAUUAUAUUCAUCAUCAUCAACACUCUCAUCAUGUAUCAGACUAGAGAAGAGUCGAUGUGCUCAUUAUGGUUUACUUUCUGGUAAACCUUUGCAAUAUAAUGUUAGGUGUUUUUCCUCUGGCGAUUUACCAGAAUACACACCGGUUCCAUUACCUGCAUUAUCACCAACCAUGGAAAUGGGAACCAUAAUUUCAUGGGAAAAGAAGGAAGGUGACAAACUUAAUGAAGGUGAUUUGUUGGCUGAGAUUGAAACAGAUAAAGCUACAAUGGGCUUCGAGACACCAGAAGAAGGUUAUUUAGCUAGAAUAUUGGUCUCUGCUGGAACUAAGGAUAUUCCAAUUGGACAACUUCUGUGUAUCAUAGUUUCUAACCAAGAGGAUAUUGCUGCGUUCAAAGAUUUUGUCCCUUCAGAAUCUUCCGCUAAACCAGCCGCAGAUUCUGCACCAGCAUCGCCUUCUCAACAAGCUCCAGCUUCAGCUCCUCAAAGCGCUCCCCAACAGGUCGCAUUCUCUGGUGGAGCUCCUGCCGGGGGCAGAAUCUUUGCUAGUCCUUUCGCUAAAGCUUUAGCCUCUUCUAAAGGGAUCGAUCUUUCAUUCGUUGGUCAAGGGUCGGGACCUGGUGGUCGAAUCAUUGCCCAAGAUGUUGCAUCAGCUUCUCCAGUAGCAGCCACUGUCGCAGCUCCAGUCGCUGGAGGCUCUUUUGUAGACAUACCUCUCACUGGAAUGCGUCAAACUAUCGCCAAGAGAUUAUUGCAAUCAAAACAAUCUAUUCCUCAUUAUUACUUAAGUGUUGACAUUGAAAUGGAUCAACUUCUUGCCCUGAGGAAAAGGGUAAAUGAAAUGCUCAGCAAGGAAAAUUUCAAAGUCUCCGUAAACGAUUUCGUGAUUAAAGCUUCUGCUCUCGCAUGUAAAAAAGUACCAGAAACGAAUUCAUCUUGGCAAGAAUCAUUCAUACGACAAUAUUCAAACGUUGAUGUUUCUGUGGCAGUUAGUACGGAAAGAGGUCUAAUCACACCGAUCAUUUUCAACGCUGAAACCAAAGGAGUCAAGGAAAUCAGCGAGCAAACUAAAGCUUUAGCUGCCAAAGCUCGAGAUGGCAAAUUGGAACCUCAAGAAUUCCAAGGAGGCACUUUUACCAUUUCAAACUUAGGGAUGUUCGGAGUUAAACACUUUUGUGCCAUAAUCAGUCCACCUCAGUCCUGUAUUCUUGCCGUUGGCGCAGCUGAAAAGAAAGUUGUACCUGAUGAAAACGGAGGCUUCAAGGUAGCAAAUGUGAUGAAUGUCACCCUUAGUUGUGAUCACAGAGUCGUUGACGGGGCAGUGGGAGCUCAGUGGUUACAGAAUUUUAAACGAUUUUUAGAAGAUCCUGUUACAAUGAUUAUCUAAGUUGAUUAGCAUGAGCAUAAUGGUCACUUCUCAUGAAAUUAAUUAACCUUCCCUUUCUGGCCUCAUAAUUUUCCCUCUUCUGAUCUUUACUUGAUCUUCUAAUCCCUGAAAAUUGAAAGACUUUUGUCCCAAAAUCAAAUUUUAAACCCUAUCGAAUAGGUUUAUUAGUCCGUUUGUAAUUUAUUUUAAAAAUUAUUUCCUGUUGAUGUUAAAACUAUGUUGUUAAUCUGUCGGCAUUCAUUUGUUCAAUUGAUAAUUUUAAAUCUACCAGAUCCAAUUAUCUUAUACGAGUCAAAUUAAUUAACAAAAAAAAUCAGGUUAAUUGAA